CCUGCCUGAGCAGCCUCUGCAGGGAGAGGUUGGCUCUGUGUCUGUGGGCAGAUCCAGCCUUGGACAGGGCUUCCCAUGGUGAGAUCUGGACUGGAGAGGUGGAUGCUGCUCAGAGUGACCAGGACAGGCUGGCAGGAGCCCCUGGAGCCUAGCCUGGCAUGGGGGCUGCAGUUCUGUCCCCUCUGCCACCACUGACCCCACAGGACCCCAGGCACCACUAACCCCAGGUCCUGGGCAGUCAGGGAGUGUCACCCAGCCUGGUUCAGGGCAAUCAUGGGGGUUUCCCUGCCCUGGAGAGGACCUGGGCACGGUGCAGGUGUUGGCACUGCCCAGAGCCCCUUUCCCAUAACGUGGGAUGCAGCCUGAGCUGCACAGCUCCCUUGGGAUCAAGAGAGCCUCGGUGUGUCCAUUAACUGAGAGAGUUAAUUACCUCAGAUUCCCUGAGCAGCUGCAGCUAUGGAUUUUUCCCACCCAAAUUCCCUAUGGAUGGGUCUGGGCUCUGUGCUUUGCCCAUCCCUGCUGCUGUGCCAGGCAGGGCCGUUCAUCCGAGCCUGCAGGGGUUGGUGCACAGGCUUUAGUGGAGAAUUUGGGGCUGCAAGGCUGCGACGGUCCCUCUGUGACACCCAGAGUUUCCUGGAGGCCCACGAGCUCCACUUGCAGCUGGAAAAUUCCCUCACCCUGCAGCAGCAGCACCUGCAGCCCCCGCUGCAGGCAGGGAGGGGAGAGCAGGAGGAGCGGGCUGGGUGCUGCCACCCUCCCCCGGUGCCCUGGGCACUGCAGCACAUCUCCGAGCCGCCCUGGGCACGAGUCCAUCCAUCCCCAGGGAAAGCUGGCCCGAGAUUGAUGGCACCUGCCACGCUUACAGGGCCAUCUCCGCUUACACGGCGCCUCAUCAAAGAUGCAAGGGCUCUAACGAGGAGCAGAUGACAUCUCCCUCCUGCCGGCGCUCCGAGGAGCAGGGCGGCCGCCUUCAUCAAUAAUGCACGGCUGGCGCAGCUCCGCGGCUCCGGUUACAGCCGGGCCCGACAGCCCCGGGGAGGGGACACGAAACCCCCCGGGAGAGAGCCCAAACACCCCCAAGGAGUGGCUCUGAAACCCCCCUAGAGUGGGCCUGAAACCCGCCAGGAUAGGACCCCACCCCAAAACUACCAUGAAGUACACGGGCACACCUUUGUUUGCCCUGCAAGGACAUGGGGCAGGGGACAGGCAUCAAAGCCUGGACCAGAGGGAUCAUCGAUGUGAGGGUCAUUCCAGCCCCGCGGUGGCUCCGGGGGUGUCCUGCAGCAGGGACUGUCCUGCAUCCUCCAUGGCACGGGGACACGGUACAGCCCAAAGUGCUCAUGCCUUCCUCCAUGGCACAGGGACAGGGGACAGCCCAAAGUCCUCAUGCCAUCCUCCAUGGCACAGGGAAACGGGAGAGCCUGAAAUCCUGGUGCCAUCCUCCAUAGCACAAGGAUAUGGGACAGCUCGAAGUCCUGGUGCCAUCCUCCAUGGCACAGGGAUAUGGGACAGUCCAAAGCCCUGGUGGAUCCUCCAUGGCACAGGGACAGGGAACAGCCCAAAGUCCUCGUGCCAUCCUCCAUAGCACAGGAACAGCCCAAAGUGCUGGUGCCAUCCUCCAUGGCACAGGGAUGUGGGGCAGCCCGAAAUUUUGGUGCCAUCCUCCAUGGCAGAGGGACAGGAGACAGCCCUCGUGCCAUCCUCCAUGGCACAGGGACAGCCCGAAAUCCCGGUGCCAUCCUCCAUAGCAUGGGGAUAUGGGACAGCCCAAAAUCCUGGUGCCAUUCUCCAUGGCCCAGGGACAGGGGACAGCCCAAAGUGGGCACAGCCCAGGCUGGUGCUGCCCCUCUCCCCACAGACCCGCAUCUCGUGCAAGGACGUCCCUGCAGAGACGCUCUAUGACGUGCUGCACGACACCCGCUACCGCAGCAAGUGGGACUCCAACAUGAUCGAGACCUACGACAUCGGCCGCCUCACCGUCAACGCUGAUGUGGGAUACUACUCCUGGAAGUGCCCCAGCCCCCUGAAGAACCGGGAUUUCGUCACGCUGCGCUCCUGGCUGCCCCUGGGCAAUGACUACAUGAUCAUCAACUACAGCGUCAAGCACCCGAAAUACCCACCCCGCAAGGAUUUCGUGAGGGCUGUGUCCCUGCAGACUGGGUACCUGAUCAAGGCCAACGGGGACGGCGCCUGCAUCCUCUAUUACCUCACCCAGGUGGACCCUCGAGGGUCGCUGCCGAAGUGGGUGGUGAACCGUGUGUCCCAGUUUGUGGCACCCAAGGCCAUGAAGAAGAUCUACAAGGCUGGGCUGAAGUACCCGGAGUGGAAGCGGCGGCACGACCCCGGCUACAAGCCCUGGGUGUACCCCGAGCAGAACACGCUGCCCAGCGUCAGCCUGGCCGAGCUGUCCGUGCAGCACGCCGAGUCCCUGGAGAACAUCGACGAGACUGGCCUGCCCGAGGAGCACCUGAGCACCAGCGACCACGAGGCCUGAGCCCUGAGCACAGGGAGCCCCCUCAGCACCCAGGCUUGGCACCCAGGGGGCACAGCUGGGAAUGUGGGCUGUCCCUGCUUCCCCAGAGUCAGAUCUGCUCUCCAAGUCCUUCAUCGUUGACCCCUCUCCCUACCCAGGCAGUGGGAAAUGUCCUGUGGGAUCUGUGCAGCCACAGGGGCUGGGAAGAGGCAGGAUGGGCACCCUGGUGGCCCCUGUGCCCAUGGAGAUGUCCCUGCAGGAGACAGAGGGCAGUGGGUGUUCAAGGGCUUUCCUGGCACCUGGAUAUGUCUCUGCCUCUCUAUGACCCUCAAAGGCCCAGAAGAGGGGGGUCUGUCAGGGUCCUGCCCAGGCUUUGCAGCAGCACAAGGUUUGCAUUGACCCUGUCUGGCCUGCCCGAGGUCAGGCUGGACCCACUGCAGCCCUCCACACCCCUCCCAGCUUAGUGUGACCCCCUCCCCAUCUCAGGGAGCCCUCCCAGGCCCUCUGCUGAGCACCAGGCUCACCUCUGCAGGCUGGCUCUAGCCCAGCUGGCUCUGGGGACCCCUUCCUGCUGUUUGUGGGGUCCUGGGCCUCCUGUGUCCCCACUCCCCCAGUGUUUGCCGCUGCUGUGGUUCCUGGUGCAAUAAAGGCGUUGGUGUGUGUGAAAGCUCAUGGGGCUGGUACAGCAUGGGGAGGGGGCUGGCACAGAGCCCACCCAGAGCUCUGAGUGGGACAGAAGGGCACAUCCACACAGCCCCAACACCUGGGGUGACCCUCAGCAGGGACAGAAUGGCCCCAGCAGGACAGGACAGGACAGAGGGAUGCAGGGCUCUGCACCCCAUGGGAGCGUGCGUGGGCAGGGGGCAGCUUCCACAGGACAACGGGAAGUUGGUCUAGACAGGCACUGCUGUGGGAAUUCGCUGACAAAUGAAGGAUUUUCCACCCACUCCUCGCCCCCACACCCGAGGCAGCUGCUGGGCUCUGUCCCCAGCUGGGUUUGAGCAAGGUCAGUGCAAAUGGGGGUAUCAUUGCAGGUUCACCCCCACUCUGACCCAGCUUCAUCCCCCUGGGUCCACUCCAGAGCUGCCCUGUGCAUGCUUCCCCCACUCCUGGAGCUUUUCUCCACCCCAACAUGGAUGCCUGCUGUCCUCCUUCAGCAGAGGGGUCACAAAUGUCCCCUGCUGCCUCGGGGGACAUCACACACACACACAGAGUGCUGGGAAGGGGACAGCAGGGUCUGGCUGGCUGUUGGGACAGCUGGAUCUGGGGCUUUGCAGCAGGGCUGGCUGCACAGAAGCCAUCUCUGCAAGGAAAAUGUGGAAAACAGGGGCAGGGGAUGUGCAGCUCACAGGGCUCCCUCUCCCCACGCUGCUCCCACCUCUGGCAGCACACGGGGAUUAUUUCACCUGUUAAAAGGCACAACCCAGCCCCAAAUUGCCCCAAAACCAUGCUGGCAGAGCUGGGAAUUGUGGAAAAUCACCCCUGGGUGCUGCUCUGAUAGGGCAGAUCCCUCCGGCACCCCAAGCCCUGUGGGUGUUGGGGUGCAGACCCUUCUCCCACGGGAAGGAGCCUCAUCCCUUGGCAUUCCUGGAUGUUUCCCUGCAGGAUCCAGGCUGGAUCUGGGGAUUUGCAGCAGGGCUGGCUGCACAGAAGCCACCUCUGCAAGGAAAAUGUGGAAAACAGGGGCAGGGGAUGUGCAGCUCGCACCUCGCAGUGACCCAGAGGUGCUCCCUCUCCUCACGCUGCUCCCACCUCUGGCAGCACACGGGGAUUAUUUCACCUGUUAAAAGGCACA